AUGUCAAAUAAAGGAAUAUACCAAGAGCAAACAUUUAAUGGAAACUCAUUAGUUCUCUCAGAACGGCAUAUAGUAUUUGUAGAACAGGGAUAUCUUAGAGGAAAGGCGGAAUUAAACUCAGGAACUGAUAUCAAGAAUAGCAUGAGUUCUAGUAUAAAGACUAUAAAUAAAGAGAUAAUAAAUAAUGUACCACUAUCAACUUCUAAGUAUUAUUAUUAUCCACCAUCAUUAAUACCAAGUAGUGAGGAUAUUGAAAAUUUCAAAUUAAAAUAUGACUUAAACCAGCAGAAUUCAGUUGGAAAGGGUCUAUUAAAUUCAGGAUGGAAUACUUGCUACUUAAACUCAAUUUUGCAAGCUUUAACAUACGCUCCACCAAUACUAUAUGAUUGUCUAAACAUGAGGCACCAUAAAGUAUGUAAAUAUUAUCGUGAAAAUUUGGUAUGCUUGCUAUGCAUGUUUGAGGAUCACAUCUUGACUAUUUUUAGUGGUAAUGAGAAAAACCAAAAUAUAAAUAAGUCCCAAAGAGCAAUUGCUCCAAAUAUACUAAGAUGUGCUCAGAAGUUGAUUUGGCGAAAAUUUCGUAUUGGAAUAAUGCAGGAUGCUCACGAAUUCCUUCGUUACUUUUUGGAAGGCCUGCAUAAGGCAAGUGUUCCGAAAAAUCUACAAAGUGAUGAUAUCUUUCGUAAAUUAAAUCCAAUAGAUACAUCAACAACAUAUAUAGGUCAACUGUUCUGUGGUUUUUUCCGCUCUCAAAUUGUUUGUUUUAGCUGCUUAUAUAUGUCUAAUACUUAUGAUCCAUUCAUGGAUAUCCCUCUGGAUAUUGUUGGUGUGUCAUCUUUAGAAAAUGCUUUUUCAAUAUUCACAAAGAAGGAGUAUUUGCGAGGUGCUAAUCAAUAUAAAUGCCCAAAGUGUGAAAAAAAGAGUGAUGCCUCAAAAGAAGUACUUAUUGAAAAGCUACCACCUUUACUAACAAUUCAAUUGAAGAGAUUUAGUUUUAUUGGACAUGGGAAUAGGAAACCCUACAAGUCAAUAAAGUAUAAUGAAGUUUUGGAUAUGUCCUCAUAUAUGACUACGAAAAAUACUUGUAAUUCUCAGGUAUAUACACCAGAUAACUCUCUAGAUACUUGUAGACAGUCUUUCAUCUAUGAUUUAUGGUCAGUUGUAUGCCACUCUGGGGGAUCUUUAUCUGGUGGUCAUUACUAUACUUAUGCUAAAGGAUUGAAUAAUCAAUGGUAUUGUUUUAAUGACGAAACUGUGAGGAUUUCUAAGUCUAGUGAAGUGCUAAGUGAAACUAUAGGUGCAUAUCUGUUAUUUUAUGCUCAAAGAAAUCAACUUCAAUUUAAUGAAACUUUUAUUUUGGCUCCAGAUGUUCCAUUAUGCUUGAAAUCAUCAGGUCUUGAUUUUGGUGAUAUCGAGUUUGAAAGCAGCAAAACAAAUACUGAAGCAGAUUUCACUUCUAAUGAUGGGCCAAUAUCGAGACUAACAAAUACAAUACCUAUCACAAGACCACCACAAGCAAAUAGCGAGGGAAUAGUAUUGUCAAUUAGAAAUUUUAAAGAAAGUUCUGAAAAGGUAGGUUCCAACAAAAUAUUUUCAGAUAUAAAUACAUUAAAGGCCGUUAAAAAAAGUAUAAAAUCUAAUAAAGUAAGCUUAAAUGAGACUUUUGAAAAAAAAAUUAGCAAAAAUACUAGUUGUAUGGCAUUAUCAAAAAGCCUUUUACAGUUUUUAUUAAAACUGUCAGCUAGUUUUAAGACUUCUAGAACACGUCGUGGUCUCUCAAAAUUGAUUCAUCAUAGAGAAGUUUCUACUUUUCUACGUUUACUAGGCUACAAAAAAGCAUAUAGAGCGUCUUAUUUAGAUGAUAAUGAACAGCUAGACAGAGAAUUGGAACAAUCAAAUAUUAAUAAAGUGAACUUAAGUGCAACUGUCCGACGCUGGGAUGAUAUUAAUUUAACUGAUGAGCAGGAACAAAUGAUUAAAGAUGCUGAGGACUCUAUACUUCCAGCUGUUAGUAGAAGGUCAGAAUAUGAUCGUGAAUAUGACAAAGGAAAAAUUAAGAAACCUUUACGAAAGUUACAAAUGUCUUCCUGCAAAGGCGAGUUGUAUAGAAAUACGUCUAAUAAACUACAAUAUAAAAAGGAGCCCCUUCUUGGCCGACAACAAUUUGAUUUGGCGGCUAUACAAAGAUCUGAAGCUCUUGGAAAGAAAAAUCUCUUUAAAAAUAAGAGAGAGAAGUGGAUAUUUACUAGAAAGUAUUCACAUAUACAGAAGUAA